GAUUGAUUCUGACGAUUCGACUGCCAGAUCCACCAUUGGGCGCAGUGCUCGGCAGGCAGAGUCUGGCUCUACUGCUUGUGUUGUUCAAUGUUUGGAGGAGCUCUUCCACCGCUUUCUCGUUCACCGUUUCGUGGUUGAAACCAAUGGAGAAAGAUGGCAUGAGUCAACUGCAUAAAUAUCUCCCUCUAUGAGCCAAGAUCGAUCCAAAGACCAAGAUGUCGACAAAGUGGAACAACGGGGACUCCGUUAUUUGCAUCGUUGACUAAUCAUCAGCGGAGUAACCUACCCCCACAAAGCUAGCUACAGGCUAACCCGGCUAGCGAGAAGAAGGAAGAGACAUUUCGGAUGACUGGGGACGUCUGAAGCAAAACUGAAACACGUCGCGGACACUUGAUAAACCAGAAUACACUGGGAUCUCGACUUAUUCCACGUCCCACUUCGGCUGAGGUCACACGGGAUACUUUAAUCCUGGCUCAACCGCUAGCACGGUACCAUGCUAUCGCUAAGCCAGUGAGUGGACGCAGUUCUUCAUUGAUGUAUGAUUAGGAAGCGAAUUCACUCGCUUUGAUUUAUCUGCGUGUGUUCACCUGAGAUUGCUUAACGUGCUUAUACGUGUGGUUUAUUAUAGUAUGUAGAAGACACUUGACAGUGGUCCUUAAGUACUGAUACAAACAACAACCAUCUGUGACUUGUUCUGCCUGGCGUUCAGGAUGUCAGUCAUCUAACCUGGGGGUUUAUUGAUGACAACAACAGCCACAUCGUUUCCAAAGCUCCCAAGAUUCACGACAAGUAUCUUUCGGCAACAUCCUUCCUUUUUAAAAGCCCAGCUGCUUCCUUAAACAGCGGCACUGACUUUUGAGUGGCGAUGGCAGCAGUUGUGAGCUACUCACCUCCAUGGUGGGUGAAUUUCCUGCACAGACUUCCCCAUUUCAACCUCCGGUUCGAGCAGACCAGCAGUGACUUUCAACCUGCAGAUCCAACAUAUCAGGAGUCCAUCGUGCUGCUGGCCGGCAUCGCUCUGGCCUGCCUGGCCCUGGACCUGGUCUUCCUGCUCUUUUACUCCUUCUGGCUGUGCUGCCGGCGCACCAAGAGCCAGGAGUCCGCCAGGGCCGACUGCUGCUGCACCGCCUGGUGUGUCAUCGUCGCCACGCUCGUCUGCAGUGCUGGCAUAGCAGUCGGUUUCUAUGGGAACAGCGAGACGUGCGACGGUGUGAACCGCCUGACGUACUCCCUGCGUCAUGCCAACCGCACAGUCACAGGGGUGCAGAAACUGGUGUCGGAGGGUGCGUUCUCCCUCAACCAGACGGUGGAGGGGGACCUGCAGUACCUGGAGGUGCAGUACACCAAGCACACGGACUACCUCUCCAUCACCCGGAAGCUGCAGGGCCAGCUGGAGGAUCUGGUGCAGCAGAUGGCGGGCAUCACCUUCUGGGACCACGGCCGCGUCUCCCUGGAGGCCCUGGCCACGGAGGUGGAGCUCUACGACUGGUACAGAUGGCUGGGCUACUUGGGCCUACUGCUGUUUGAUGUCCUUAUCUGCCUUCUGGUGCUGUUUGGCUUGAUCCGCAACUCCAAAGGAACAUUGAUUGGGGUGUGCUUGUUUGCAGUGCUGGCCAUGGUUAUCAGCUGGGCCUCCCUCGGCCUGGAGCUCGCCGUCUCCGCGGCCUCCAGUGAUUUCUGCGUUUCCCCGCAACUUUACGUGACCGAAUUGGCGGAGAAGUAUGGCGUCAUGAAACCAGAAAUCCUGCAGUACUACCUGACCUGCAAUGUGGAGCAAGCCAACCCGUUCCAGCAGAAGCUGUCCGGGAGCCAUAAGGCCCUGGUAGAGAUGCAGGACGACGUGUCUGAGCUGCUGCGCUCCGCGGCCAGGGACUACGCCGACACCAAGCCGAAUCUGGAGCAGAUCCAGGGGGUCCUGAACACCACGGAGAUCGGCCUGCAUCAGCUCACGGCGCUGGUGGACUGCCGCAGCCUGCACAUGGACUACGUGCAGGCCAUGACCGGCCUGUGCUACGACGGGCUGGAGGGCCUGAUCUACCUGCUGUUCUUCUCCUUCGUCACAGCCCUCAUGUUCACCUCCAUCAUCUGCAGCGUCCCUCACACCUGGCACAGGAAAGGGAGCGAGGAGGACGACGACAUCGAGGAGGACGACUCCCUGAGCCACGGCGGCCGGCAGAACCACGAGAACCUGUACCGCGUGCACAUGCCCAGCCUGUACAGCUGUGGCAGCAGCUACGGCAGCGAGACCAGCAUCCCCGCGGCCGCGCACACCGUCAGCAACGCCCCCGUCACCGAGUACAUGGCCCAGAACGCCGCCUUCCAGAACCCGCGCUGCGAAAACACCCCUCUGAUUGGACGAGAGUCUCCUCCCCCCUCCUUGUAUUUGACCGCCGCCGACAGUAGCAGCGGUCAGAGCUGGCAAUUAAAGCCCUCGGGGAGUUCCAGAUCGUUUUGGUAACCUCCAUCACCUCCAUCUCCUAUCGCUAACAGUACACCUCCAGCAUGAGGGCUAAGUACCUGGCCAACAGCCCACCGGAGCUGGACCAACCCGCAGCGAUCUAGACCACGCCUGGCCUCGCUCUCUCUGGCCACCCAUGCGUACAAACACACACGUGCAUAUAUAUUAACACACACAUGUCAAACUCAUGCACGCAAACUCAUGCACGCAAACUUAUACACGCUUGUGCAAACUCGUUCACCCUCACACACGCGCAAACUCAUAUACACAAACACACAGUUCAAACUCGUACACAGACACACUUACACACACACACACACACACACACACACGCACGCAAACUCAUACACAUGCAAACAAUGCAUGGAACAGAUCAGAGGGAUGUUUGAGAGGGACCCUACAUCUGGUCGUCAGAUGUUUAUUCACCUCCCAUUGUUGGUUUAUCAUUCAUACAUUCUUUCAGUAAUCUGGUCAUUCAUUCAACUGUGCUGAUGUGCGGUCAUCAGAAGGCAGUUGGACUAACAUUGCAGAAUUUGAUUUAUUUGCAGUGUGAUUCAUUGUUUUUAAAAAAGAUGCGAAAUGGUUUCCUCUGAUUAAUCUUGGAUGUUUCUUUGACGAAUGCAUCCUAGCGUAGGAUCUGACGAGCCGACAAGUCAAACCGAAAUCCAUACGAGAUGCUGGACUUGACGGUGAUGACUACUUAGUGUUUCCGCGGUUCCACUUGACGCCAGACUAGUCUAUAAAUGUUGUAGAGAGUGGGUGCAAAACGGACACGAAAACACCCACGACCCAAUGAGCGUAUCUCACACCAUUCCAUCGUUGCUGUGUUUCAGGGAGUGUAACAACAGACAAACUUUGUUGAAUAUCCAUCGUCUCGCUUCGUGGUAUAUUUUGUUUCAGAUAUGGGUUUGGGGGGGGGGGGGGGGGAAGAGGGGGUGGCGGUUUGAUAGCCCCCAACCCAGCCUGCUAUAUUCAGGUCAGCCACUCCCAUUUGAGCCACUACCCAGUGUACACUGUGGUAUAUAAAACAAGCAUGUACUUUUCUUUAUUAGUUAUUCUUCUGCCCACAUGGGGACUGUAUGGGACCAGUUAUUUUGCAGUCUUGCACAUGUAUCGUAUGUCUGGUCACAUGAGAAAAGCCUGUGAUUUUUUAUUUCCGGAAGUAUGUUGUUACAUGUGGGGAUCUUUAACUGAUUUCAACCCCUUUUUACGAUGCAGUGAGAAAGCCACCGGUUUGCUCAUUUGGAAUGCAUGUUGGACCGUUGUCUUUGUUUUGUUCAUAUGUGGAAUAGGUUUAUCUGGGGAGAGCGUUCACAAACGAUUUCCAUCCAGCCAAUAGCCCAGACUGGAUUGGACCCCCCCCCCCCCAUACUCCCCCAGUACUGUGGUAUCCACCAGGGAUCACGUUUACUACAGAAGAGAAUCUUUUGUACCGCUAGAAAGCACAAAUGUUUGUACAGGAUGACUUACAGAGGACCGAACGGACAGGAGACAUUAGUGCGCGUCAUGAUGUUGCUGUCAUCUGCAGCCUUACAGGUAGAACUACAAUGAGCAACUGCAGACUCAAAACUGCCCCUGUUUUGUAUAUAAAAACUUUGCUGAAGUGCUGUCGGCACCGAAGCGUGUCGCAUUGUCCUUCAAUGCAAGAAGUCAAAUAAUACACGAGACGGCAAAUAAUACACCUUUUUGAGUUUGGGUUUGCAGUCACUUUGGUUAAACUUUCCUGAAGAAAGUUGAUAUGGAGUGCGGUUUGGGUUUGCUGUUGAUGCAUUGGCCAAGCUGGAAGUUUUCUCUGGUCCGGCGCUUUGGUGGCUCUGUCUCACAAAUGUGUUUUAGCAUUUUGAGUUAUGAACGAGUUAGCCCGAUCCUGCAGGAUGGAUGCCGUGGGGGCUUGUUUUGUUGUGUCGUUGUAUUCCUCUCCAGAGUUCAUGUGAAUCCUCUGCGUCGUCAUUUUUUCCUCCGUAAGCAUGACGGUCCUUAAGAAUCUGAAGUGAAAUAUGACAUAUUUGUGCUACUACUGCCUCCAUAUUUCUGCAUGGCGUACAAGUUUCCUGAAGAGGAGUUUGUUCUUCUUUGGUUUAUGUAGGACUGGACCAAACGACAAAGCACAAGAUCUUGUUUUUUAUGUCUUCACUUAGGUCUAGGUCUGUGAAGUUCCCGCUACAGGGUUGCCUGGGCGAAGGAAUCGGGAUUGUGACUUAAAAUCUUGCGUACUCUUCUGUGCUCUGUAAAUAUACAAAUGUUAAUAUUCCGACGCAAUGUUACUGUUUUUGGGGUAGGACACUUCGUUUAUUUGUCAUGCAAUGAUGUACAGAAUAUAAAUGUUUGAAAAUGGAGUUAAAUCUUGGUUGAGUUGACAUUAUCUUAAGCAAUCUUUUAAAUUGAUUUUAAGCAACAUAUGUUUUUUUUAUUUUGCUUUGUUAAUUUUGAUAAUGUUUCUUAAAUUGCAUUUUAGAAUAUCUUGCAAACGUAAGUUUCAUUUAAUUUUAUGAAUAGUUUACAUCUUUCAUCUUUUUUUUUUUCUCUCGCUCUCUCUGAAAAGACCAGUGCAGACUGACUCAUUGUUUUAUAAAUAUUUUUUGUGAUAACAAAAAUGUUUGUUAAACUUGUGGUUACCUUGAGCUUGAACACUGUUUUAAAAAAAUAAAAAAAUAAACCAAAAUCGUAA